AAAAACGAAAAGAAGACUUUUCAGUUUCAUUUUCUUCUUUUCCUCCAAAUUCUAACCUCGAACACCACCACCACCUUCUUUGUCUUCGUCUUCGUUUUCUCUUCACGAUCUCUCUUCAUUUUCUUUACUUUCUUUCCUUCGUCUAUAAUUUUUUGUUGCCUAUUGUCGAAAUAUGGAUCGGAUUGGUGUUUUGCAGCAAGAAGACGAUGAGAUGCUCGUUCCGAAUUCUGAUAUUACCGAUAAUCAUCAACCUAUGGAAGUUGUUGCGCAAGCCGAAUCUGCGAGUACUAAUAAUAAUAAUGCUGAGAUUCAACCUGUGGAGGAUCCAUCUUCGUCUAGGUUUACUUGGAAAAUUGAUAAUUUCUCGAGGUUGAAUGCUAAGAAGCAUUAUUCGGAAGUGUUUGUUGUUGGCGGUUUUAAAUGGAGGAUACUUAUAUUUCCUAAAGGGAACAAUGUGGAUUACUUGUCGAUGCAUCUUGAUGUUGCUGAUGCUCAGACUUUGCCUUAUGGGUGGAGUAGGUAUGCACAGUUCAGCGUAGCUGUGGUCAAUCAAAUUCAUAACAAGUAUUCGGUGAGAAAAGGUAUAAAUUUCAGUAAUUGAUUUAUGCUUUUAAUCUGCAUUUAUUCUUAUAGAUUACAAAGGCCGUAAUAAGUUGCAAGCAACAAUUCAGAUGUCUGAUUGGAUUUGUUAAUUUAUUGAUUGAUAUUGAAGGUAUUGCCUGAUUAGAACUCGUUUUUUGUAAACUUAUUAAUCAAGGGCAUAUGGCCUGCUUUUGAAGAUGCAUAUUUGAGGUGGGCAUAGUUUAUUUGUAUAUUUUUAAAUACUUUUUUCUUUUAGGUAUGUUUACACCCGGAGUGUUAGAGAUGGAUAACAAUAGGAGACGCAGUCUGCUUGUGUGUUGCAUCUCCAUUGUUAUUUAGGUUUUGAGUGCUGCUUAUGAAUUAUGAUACUCAAUGUGUUGCCCUUUUACACAUUUUAAGAUCCACUGAAAGUACACUUAAGUUUGUCCUCCCCAUGCUAAUUUAUACUUAUGGACUACAUUUAUUAAGCAGUGGCAUGGCCAAUUUCCUAAUGGUAAUAAAGUUCUGAUUCUUGGAGAAGAAAUAUCUUGCUCUUAUUUGUAUGUUUAAGUCGUUUUGCUCACCAAUGUGACACUUUAUACAACAUAUAAAUUUCCAUUGUGUAAAUUUGCAGAUACACAACACUAGUUCAAUGCUCGGGAAAGUGACUGGGGGUUUACAUCAUUUAUGCCUUUAAGUGAGUUAUAUGAUCCUAGCAGAGGUUAUCUUGUGAAUGAUACCGUCGUUGUUGAGGCUUGACUGGAGCACCCAGCACUUUCAUGAGACUUAUGAAUGAGGUGCUAAGACCAUUUUUGGGGAAAUUCAUAGUUGUCUACCUAGAUGACAUACUCAUUUACAGCAGGGGAAUAACAGAGCACCUAAGUCAUCUUCAACAGUUGUUCGAGGUAUUAAGGAAGCAGAGGUUAUAUGCAAAAUUAGAGAAAUGCAAUUUCUUUUUACCUGAGGUUACUUUCUUAGGGUACAUAAUAGGAAAAACAGGGGUAAAGGUAGACCCAAGCAAAGUGCAAGCUAUUAAGGAUUGGCCUGUACCCACUACACUGACACAAAUUAGAUCCUUCCAUGGAUUAGCUUCUUUCUACAGGAGGUUCAUUAAGAACUUCAGCACCACCAUGACACCUAUUACUGAAUGCACAAAGAAGGGAAGGAGUGAAUGCAAUGCAGAGGCACAAAAAGCCUUUGACACUAUUAAGGACCUUAUGAGCAGAGCACCCAUACUUAAGCAUAUUAACAGUGUUCCUAACUUGUCACCUACGCCAAUGGUACAUAAAGGGCAGAACCAGGUCAAGGAUGCUUUCCAAAAACUAAACAUGACCUCAAGAUACUAUGUUGGGAACAAGGAAGCCAAGACUACAACAAGGAACAACAGCAUACACUUGGAAAUGGGAACAGACAGUAGAUCCCAGACCAAAGCAUUUUCUGACGACCAGCAGACCUUGCUGAGUCUCCUGAGCGCAGACCCGUAUCACCCAGACCCUGAUCAAGGUUGGGACGUCAUCCUUGAACAUGAACCAAGCCAUCAAGGGUCCAAGACCUCACUCAUAGUCCACGUGGAGUCUUAGAGGUUGAGUGAAAGGAGGGAUGUCUGACAGAUUUUCUAGCUCAGAAUUCGCCUAAGUGUUUUGUCUUUUGUUUUCUAUUUUUAGGCGUUUUGUAUUUAGUACGUGUUCUUUAAUCAAGCGUGUGAUUAGUUUUAGCCGUUAAGGUAGUUGAGUGCUCUAUAUAAGGAGAGCCUCAUCCCAUGUAAUAAACGUUCAAGCAUUCAGUUUCAUUUGAUUCAAUACAUAGAGGUAUUUCAGAAA